AUGAUGCCACCAGCUAACAUAGAUGAACUGUUAGAAAUUAAGGCAGACUUCUGCCACAGAAAACUGGCCUUGACUGAACAGCACAUUCGGUGUCUUUGCGAGCAGAGGUUUUGCAAAAAGCAUCGUCUACCGUCGGCCCACCUCUGUGGUAUAGAUUACAAGCAAACGGGAAGAUCAAGAAUAAAUAAGGAGAAUCCAAAAAUUUCUGAAGGUGGAUACCAUAAAGCAAGAGAAGACUAA